AUAUUACCUUAUAGCUAAGCAUUUUGUUGCGUCAUCAAACCAUUCUAGAAGCAAACAUGGACUUCGUCAAAAUACUUUUAUUCAUCUCUCUCAUCCGUGGCUCGCUUGCAGGGCUAAAGUUACCAGCUGGAACCUGCGUUUCCAAAAUCGUAGAUGGGAAACUCAUCCAAGUUGGAGAUUGCAAGAAAGACGAUGGAUCCGAAAUCGCAAGAUUGAUCCAAAAGAGUCUUGAUGAGAAGAAACAAGCUCAAAUUUUAGGAAAAUGUGACGCUACAUACAAUUCAAAAUGUUUCCGAACAGUUGUGUAUGCUACAGCCAACGUCACGUUCAACAAUGCCGAACCCAUUUGCAAAUCAAUAAACGGAAAACUCGCGAAUAUUUACGACCUCGCGCAUCUCCAGCUGUUGUUCCCUCAUCUACGUUUACUGAUCCCUGCUGGUCAGGAAUGGAUUCAAAUUUGGACUGGAAUGGAGUUUAAGAACGAGCAGCUAUUGCUGUCCAAUGGAGAAGCGAUCACAUUAACAGAGGCGUGGCUUCCGAAUUUUCCGAAGAAAUAUAAUUCCGCUGCAUCGUACACGAACGUUGCUCUUUAUGUCUAUCCAGGGAUGGAUUCAGAAGGAAUAUUCAAUGAUCCACCAACAAUACCACAGUAUGGUGUGAUUUGUGAAAUAUAAAAUCAACUCAAAACUUGACAGAACUUGGGUUGGACAUUUUCGAGUGCUCCUGUAGUAUGUUCACUAAGAUGACGCACAACCUGAACAUAGUAUGUGUACCAGGUUUGGGUUAUCAGGUUGUGUGACAUCUUGGUGUACAUACUAAGAAAGCACCCAUUUUCGAAUACCUCUUCCCUUGGAAAGACAUCUCACUUCGGUGUGAAGUAGUAAGCACUCAAAUGCUUAUGUAUACUCAAAUACGUAUACGCCUAUGAUAUGGCUCCAGGGCCACGGGCUAAAUAUACUGUAGCUCUGGUUCUGAAGCCUUAGUGAUUUCCAACCAGUUCCCCAUCCGUGGCUAUGGCACAGCAGACAGAGAGUUAAACUCAUUAAUAGGGCUGGGCAAUUUCGAAUACCUGAUGAUUUCCAAAUCGAAUCUUUUUUUUCAAAUCGAAUUUGGAACACUUAGGGCAGGGGUCGGAAACCUACUAUAAUCCGGCCCGCGACGUUUCGCUAAAUUAUAGUAACAAAACAUUCGUUUUGACGAAUAUAUUCUUUAG